AUCAUUAUUGCCUACUAUGUCAUGAGCUUUUUGCAACGAUGCCAGAUGUCGAGAAACAUAUACGUUGGGAGAAACAUAGGAAGAUUAUAAAAGAUCAAGCCUAUUUUCCGAAAUUUCGGAAAGAUUCAAUUUAUAAGAUCGGCAACAACUUCUACUGUGAAAUAUGCAACCUUGUCUUACCAGAUAUCAAUAAAACUGCUGAACAUAUAAAAACCGACAAACAUAAAAAAUUAAAAAGUAAUCCAGAGACAGAAGCCAAAGCUUUCAUUGGUCAAUUUGACUCGGGCUAUGUUAUUAUAAAUAAAGUUAUACUUAACAGUAGUCAAUGGAAUUCUAUUGUUGAUGGUAGAUGCCAUCUGUGUGAGGUUGAUGUUCAGCACCCCGAUGAGCAUAUUGGAGUCGAGGAUCAUGUAGUAAGGUUGAUUCAGGCUGAAACUACAUAUGAAGGUGAUCGCUAUUAUAGAAAGGUAAACGAAAACUAUCACUGUUUUACCUGCAAAAAAGUUUUCUCUACUGAAGACUUUGAAAAUCAUUGGUCAACCUGUGAAAAUUAUGAUGUUAUUGAUAUAAAUAAAUUGAAAGCUGGUCCAAGCACGAAAUCGAAAGGAACCGUGACGGAUGAUAUAUUAAAAGUAGCUGAACUUGAGAAGAAGCUAGUUGAAACAUUACAUGUGGCUUACAACAUAGACGAGGAAAAUAAUAUAGCAAUCUGUAAGUACUGUAGUGAAGCCGUAGCCAUCAACUUUAAGACCAUGAUUACACAUGUGAAAGACCAGCAUAACAAACCAGAAGCCAAACCGAAAGGCUCUGAUGAGUCCUCGGAAGAUGAAGUGGUGUACCAAGAAGUGCCGGACUAUGGCAAGCGUCGCUCUGAACUGUCCCAGUAUGGAAAGAAGCACUCCAUCAAACUAAACCACAAUGGUGGUAAAGGACUUUGCUUGCUCUGUGACAAAUACAUUUCUGCCCAUAAGAGCAAUUUCAAAGCACACAUAAAAGGCGCUAUUCAUCAAGGGCAUCUAGUUCUGCUUGGACUUAAAGAACCCAAAGAGGGACAUAAGACCACAGAGGUGUACCAGUCAAAGAGCAUUUUAGAUUGCAGUAUCACAUAUUCGCAGUCAGAGAAAAUGUUUUCGAUCAAUAACGAUGUGUCUUUUGAUGUUAAUAGUUUCUUCUUCAUCAAACCAGUAGAAAAAGAUCCACAUUUCAAGAAGGCUAAAUGUUUCUUGUGCGAUGAGUAUUUCCCACAAGGAAAGGAACUUGAGCAUUGCGGUUCUCCUGCUCAUAGGAGCAAGUUUUUGUCUGCCAAUGUAGUGAAGUUUCAUGGUCAGGGUGAACCAUCUGACUUUAUCCGAGAAAUACGGACAAAUCUCUUCCACUGCGGAUACUGUAACCAGACUCUACCAUUCCUGGAGCAGCUACGCCAGCACUGCGUGACUGACAACCACAUACUAAUGCAAGAGGAACACAACAACUUCCUUCUGAACACUGUACCUAUUGAUACAGAUCAUGAUGAUGCUUAUACUCAACUGUUGAAUUGUGCUUUUGAUGAAUAGAUGGUGUCAUUCUAUGUUACAUUGAUGUAUACAUACCCUUAUUUCAUUUGUUUAGGUAUUUAAUUAACCAGUUAAGUGCAAGUUGGACUCUCGAAACUUGAGUUACAGUACAAAUAGGUUAGAUCACAAAUAAAUGUGAGGGUGGGUACCCGCAAAUUUAUUUGUCACCCUACCUAUUUAUGGCCUAAAUCUUUGCAUAAUCUUUAUUUAGAAAUAUAUCAUCUGUAAUAUUAUAUGACAGGCGGACAGACAGUGUAAACAGUUAUACCUUACUAAUAGGGUUCAACUUUUACCUUUCGGCAGAAAAUUCUAGAAAAGUUAAACAAUCUUCGUUUAUUUUUGUCGAGAAAAUGAAUGAACAGCAGCAAUAAAGAUUACCAAAUUACAUGAUCGACGGAAAUCAGUCGCUUGUUCAUUUAAUAUGUGUUUGUAAUUGUAAGACACUAGGAUGUUUAACUUUUUUAAGUACCUAAACAAAUGGAGUAUGGAUACACAGUCCUGGACUAAAACGAUCAAAACUUAAAAAUUACAGUACUUGAAGUACCAAUUGUUACUGUAAAUCCAACUUUAGGUAUCUGUCUUAAAGUUGUUUUUACGAUGCGAGACUUCAGAUUCAGUAAAUGUGAAGAUUAAAGUUUGGUUUUUGAUAUGCUGACUGUGUAUCCUGGAUUUUUGUAUAUCAAUAUUUUCGACUUUAAGUACUUAGAUAUAAGAUUGAUCUCUUUGUUUUGAUAACUUUUUUGUGUUGUCUUUUAUAAGAACUUUUUUUUAAUCAUUUAUAUUUUGAUGCCAAAUGUGCUGUGCUUUUGGAGUCAAUAUAAAAUUAUGUGUUUAGCCAUUUAUUACCAGCAGUAUUAACCUGUUCUUGUUGCCAGCAAAUAACUUGGAAUUUUACAUUAAACAUUGACAAGAGUUAAGCACUUAUAUUUGAGGGUCCAAAAAAGUUGUUUAUAAGCUGGAUGCAACAGUUUAAAACUAUGUUUCAAAUUACUAUGCUGUCAACAAUAAACUAGCUCAUUUAAAUGCCUAAUGGCAAAAUGAUUAUUCAAACUUUGUGUGAUUCAUACUUUUUUUAUGUAUGUAUAAGCCAAAAUGAGGCUUCAUUACUGAAUUGGUUUGUAUUAUUUUG